AUAAGACAGGACAGAGUUGUCUUGUUGACGGAAAGCGUGACCAUCUUUAAAUAGCCAUCCUCUUCCUGCAGGCUCACAACAACACAUGGAUUGUUCCUCUUUUCCUUUGUCCCGAACACACUUCAACUCCACUCAUUCCCUUUUAGUGGCUCUUGAAGUUCCUUGUUAGAUAAGAUUUAUGCAAAUCCCUUCACAAAAUCUGGAAUAUCCAAUUACCAACCACCAUUGCGCGAUAUUCUCUCAACUUCGCUUUAUAUUCUCUCAACAACUCCUCUCUCAGGUUGAGAGACUUCAUUAGUUAGUUGCUUCAACCAUGAGAGAGCCGCAGAACGACACCGUAGCGACCCAACUACCAACCACAAACGACGACGUGCCAUCCGGCGUCGUUUUGUUCGGGAAGUACGAGUUGAAGAGGUUACUGGGAGUCGGCGCGUUCGGCAAGGUCUACCACGCCACCACCGUCGACACGCGCCAGAGCGUGGCGGUGAAGGCCGUCAGCAAAAGCAAGGUCGUAAACGGAGGUUUUGCCGCCAACGUGGAACGUGAGAUCUCUAUCAUGCGUCGCCUCCACCACUCCAACAUCAUUGACCUCUUUGAAGUUCUCGCGACGAAGACCAAAAUCUACUUCGUCAUGGAGUUUGCCGCCGGCGGCGAACUCUUCCACGCGGUCGCCAGAAAAGGGCGGCUGGAGGAGAUCGACGCCAGGUUUUACUUCCGGCAACUCAUCUCCGCCUUGAAACACUGCCACUCGCACGGCGUGUUCCACCGCGACCUCAAGCUCGAUAACCUCCUGCUCGACGAGAACGGGAAUUUGAAAGUCUCCGAUUUCGGGUUGAGUGCGGUCACGGGUCAGAUCCGACCUGACGGGUUGUUACACACUGUUUGUGGAACGCCUACCUACGUGGCACCCGAGAUUCUGGUGAAGAGAGGCUAUGAUGGUGCGAAAGUGGAUCUGUGGUCGUGCGGCGUCGUUUUGUUUGCGCUCACUGCAGGUUAUUUACCAUUCAAUGAUUGCAACGUCACCGUUUUGUACAGAAAGAUUUACCGCGGUCAAUUCCGGUUCCCUAGGUGGAUGUCUAGUGAUCUGAGGUACCUCUUAUCACGCUUGUUGGACACAAAUCCCGAGACCAGGAUUACCAUUGAUGAGAUCUACCAAGACACGUGGUUCAACGCGGGUGAGGACCAGUACGAACCGGUUCGGGUCAAGGAGAGUGAAUGCGUGUGUGGGGAGAGCCGAACCGGGUUCGAGUCGCUAAACGCGUUCGACUUAAUUUCUUUUUCGACCGGUUUGGACAUGUCGGGUCUUUUCGAGGAUCCGAACGGGUCAGAUUCGGUGGAACGGGUUGUUUCCGCCGCGGAGCCGGAGAAUAUUAUGGAGAGAGUGGAGGCGGUGGCGGAGGAAGGGAGGGUGGUGGUGAGGAGGGAGAAGAACGGUGGUGGAGCGAAGUUGGAAGGGCAGGACGGUAAUUUGUUAGGUCUCGUAGUAGUUUACCGGUUAACGGAAGAGCUGGUAGUGGUUGAAAUGAAGAGAAGUGAGAAGGGAGGGGAAUGUGGCGCGAAGCUUUGGAAAGAUAAACUGCUACCUCUGCUUAUUGAAUUGGCAGGUGAACGGGAAGCGCCGGUUUCCGGUGACUUCUGUAACAUAUAGCUUGGUAUCUAUGUUUUUUUUGUCUGGGUACCAAUCAGGAUCCUUUGUUUUUAUGGAUUGGUGAUUACUCAAGGCUUUAUGUUUUGCAGAAUCUAUAUAAUUAAGUACGUAAAUAAGAUGUUUAUAAUGGAAUUUUAGAAUCCUUUAAGACACUUUUAUAAAACUGCAAUACAAAUUUACCA